AGGUGAAAGUGAAAGGUGGGUCUCAGUAUAGGACUGAGGUGUAGAUUGUUCUGUAAAAACAUGUAGAUAUGCACAUAUAGUGACUAUUAGAGUGGUUAUAGAUUUAAAUAAACUAUUUUUAAAGUGAAGUGGAGGACGUGAAGACCAGUAAAGUGAAAAUGGCAGAGUCCAGAGUUCAUAUGAAAAUGGCAGAGUCCAGAGUUCAUAAUCAGUUUAAACUCACCUCAGAAGACCAUGUGAGGGCUAAUGUUGGUGAAGAGGUCACCCUCCCCUGUCACCUCUCACCUGACACCAGUGCUGUUGCCACGACGAUCAGGUGGUUUAAAGGGACAGAGUGUAUUUACCUGUAUAAGAAUGGCCAGUUGACAGAGAGGAGUGGCUAUGAGGGCAGAGUGAGUCUGAUCACCCAGGAGCUGGAGAGAGGCAACGUGUCUCUGAGGCUGAGAGACUUCAGGAGGUCAGAUAGAGGAGUCUACAUCUGUCAGGUCAUCCAUGGAGAACAGAAGGAGGAGGCUGCAGUGGGUUUAAGGGUCAGAAGAGAAUCAGGAUGGGAAAUAGAGUCAGGAUCAUGGUAUUUACAACAUGAGACCCAGGAGGACAGGCUGAAGAGGGAGGCAUCAGCUGGUGAGCUUGAGUUGAAGAUGGAAAAAGAAUUAAAAGAGGAAUUAAGAGAGGAGAUGAUGAAACAACUAGAGGAGAAACUAGAUGAUAUGACCCAGGAAGUGAGAGAGAAAGAGAGACUCCUGGAUGAUAUGACCCAGGAAGUGAGAGAGAAAGAGAGACUCCUGGAGGAGAAGAACCAGAUAAUGGAACAGAGGGACACACUAUUAGAAGAGAAAGAAAACCAACUGGAAGAGAAAGACAAGCAACUAAAGGAUAGAGACAUUCAACUAGAGGACAGAGACCACAGACUGGGAGAGAAAGACAAGCAACUAAAGGAAAGAGACCUUCAACUAGAGGACAGCAACCACAGACUGGGAGAGAAGGACAAACAACUGGAAGAGAGAGACAAACAUCUGGAAGAGAGAGACAAACGACUGGAAGAGAGAGACAAAGUACUGAAGGGAAAAGAAAAUGAACUAAAAGAGAGGAGACAGGAAGUAGAAGAGAGGAGACAGGAAGUAGAAGAGAGGAGACAGGAAGUAGAAGAGAAAGACAACCUACUAGAGGAGAGAGAGAACCAGUUAAAGGAAAGAGACAAACAGGUGGAGGGUGUCAACAAUGAAAAUGCUGAACUGGCUCAACAGAUAUGUGAUGUGAAGACUGAGGUAGAGAGACUGAGAAGAGAGAUCUCAGCCCAGAUGACUGAACAUGGAGAGACGUCAGAUACAGGUUCCAUCCUCCCAGUCAGGAGAAGACAGAGCCUGGAGGAUCCUCCACUUAUGGAAGGAGAGAGCAGCAGUCCAGACUCCCCAGUGUCUCCCAGUGUGUCUGAGCUGAGACUGGUGCUGCUGGGGAGGACUGGGGCUGGGAGGAGUGCAGCAGGAAACACCAUCCUGGGCAGAGAGGAGUUUGGGGCCCAGGCCAGCCCCUCUGCAGUGACCCAGAGGAGUAAGAGGAGAGAGGGGGACGUGUGUGGGAGACGGCUGGUGCUGGUGGACACUCCAGACUGGUUCUGUCCUGGACUCUCUCUGGAGGAGAUGAGACAGGAUGUGGGGCUCUGUGUCCGUCUGUCUGCCCCGGGACCCCACGCCUUCCUCCUGGUCAUACCAGUGGAGACCUCCAAGGGGGAGGAGAGAGGGGUGCUGGAGAGUAUAGAGGAGAUGUUUGGGGAGGGUUGUUGGGGACACACUGUGAUUCUAUUCACCCAUGAUGAUGGACUGAAAGAGCAGAGCAUUGAGGAGUUUAUCCAAGCAGGAAGUCAGGACCUCCAGCAGCUUGUAGAGAAAAGUGGGAGCAGGUACCACGUCCUCAACAUUAAGGACAGGGCCCAUGGCACUCAGAUAUCAGAGCUGCUGGAUCAGGUAGAGGAGAUGGUGGCAGGAAACAGAGAGAGAUUCUACAGCAGUCAGACCUACCAGGAGGCAGAGGACCAGGUUAGAGAGAUGGAGGGAAACAUCCAGAGAGAGAGAGGAGAGAGGAAACAGAGGGAGGAGAGAGACUUGAGAGAGAGGCUUCAGAAGGAGUUGCAGUACUCUCUGAUAAAGAUAGAGGGAGUGAUCCAGGAACAUGAGGGAGAUAUCAGAACACUCAGUGAAAGAACCAGUGAACUGGAGAGACAGGUGAAAGAAGAGAGGGAUGAGGAGAAGAAAAGAGAGCUGGAGAGGGAGCUGAAGAGGGAGUCUGAUAGGAGGGAGGAGAUGGAGAGAAAGCUGGAGAGAUUUAGAGAGAAGAGAGAGAAUGAGAGGAGGGAGAUGGAGGAGAGACACAGACAGGAGAUAGAGAACUAUGAAGGAGAGGCCAGAGUUGAAGCAGAGAGAAACCUGAUGAAGAUAGUUCUGCCUGAGUUACAGAGGAGCAUCAUGAUCUCACAGACAAAGAUGGAGAGGGAGUUCAGCAGACAGAUGGAGGAGAAGAAUAGACAGAUGAAAGAGAAGAAUAUAGAGAUGGGGAGACUAAGACAGAACUUGAAAGAAGUCAGGGAAGCUCACUCAGUGUUGCAGAAGGGACUGGAACGAGAGGGGAAAGGUCAGAGGGCACUGAUAGGGUUGUUGGGCUGGGUCAUGAGAAUCUCAUCAAGUUGGAUUCUCCACAAUCUGAUAUGAUUCACCAUCACCGUCUAUGAUGAUGAACCAGACCAGGUCUACUGUCCACUGUACCGUGGGGGGUGACCAUGGAUCAUGGUGGUCAUGGGGAAAACAGGACAGAAUAAUGUCUGGUCCAGUCUACAGUGUCAAGAGAAGGAGGGGAGGGAGGUCUGUAAAGAUCUUGAUGAGACGUAAAACAGAAUUCCAAUCCAACGUAGAUUAUUGACCUUUGCACUGCAGACCUUUAGAAUGGAGAGGGUUGUGGGGGGUCAGGAGGUCAGCGGGCGGAGUCAGAGACUGAGAACUCUAAAGAUCUGAGUGAGACUUUUACUCAGUGUUUGAGGAGGUCUACUAUUGAACAGAGAACCAUACUGUAUUUACCACACACUACUUCCUGUUCUUAUUCAAAUCGUUUCAUGUUGAAGCUUUAUCCUCCGUGAUGGCCGGAUCCGGGGUCUGGGCGGGGGGUAGGUACUGUCACGCCCUGACCAUAGAGACCAUGUUUCUCUAUGGUGUAGUAGGUCAGGGUGUGACUCGGGGGGGUAUUCUAGUUUAAAAUGCCUAUGUUGUGUUCCAGUUUAUAUUUUCUAUGUUGGUGUUUUGUAUGGUUCCCAAUUAGAGACAGCUGGUAAUCGUUGUCGCUAAUUGGGGAUCAUAUUUAAAUAACUGUUUUUCCCACCUGUGUUUGUGGGAUAUUGUUUUGUGUUUGUGCACCAUGUAGUCACGGUUCGUUGAUCGUUUAUUGAUUUAGUGAUUUAAGACAUUUAAAUGGCUCCUUGUGGUUCGGUGAACCAAGCUGGUGUAAUAAGUCACCAUAUCUGACACCUGAAGACUGGUGGAAGCCAACACAGUCUUCUGAUCCACACGAGACUCUGGCUCCAAACCAAUCUGUCCGUAAGAGUUAUUUAAUGUUGAGGAGAGUGAGAGGUCUACAGAUGUCCUGACCUUACUUAUCUUUGUUUUCUUUAAUAUAUUGGUUAGGUCAGGGUGUGACGAGGGGUGGGUUGUUGUGUUUUAGUCCUGUCUAGGGUUUUGUCCUGUCUAGGGUUUUUGUCCUGUCUGGGGUUUUUGUCCUGUCUAGGGUUUUUGUCCUGUCUAGGGUUUUUGUCCUGUCUAGGGUUGUUGUCCUGUCUAGGGUUGUUGUCCUGUCUAGGGUUGUUGUCCUGUCUAGGGUUUCUAGGGUUGUUGUCCUGUCUAGGGUUGUUGUCCUGUCUAGGGUUGUUGUCCUGUCUAGGGUUGUUGUCCUGUCUAGGGUUUUUGUCCUGUCUAGGGUUGUUGUCCUGUCUAGGGUUUCUAGGGUUGUUGUCCUGUCUAGGGUUGUUGUCCUGUCUAGGGUUUUUGUCCUGUCUAGGGUUGUUGUCCUGUCUAGGGUUGUUGUCCUGUCUAGGGUUGUUGUCCUGUCUAGGGUUUCUAGGGUUGUUGUCCUGUCUAGGGUUUUUGUACUGUCUAGGGUUUUUGUCCUGUCUAGGGUUUUUGUACUGUCUAGGGUUUCUAGGGUUUUUGUACUGUCUAGGGUUUUUGUACUGUCUAGGGUUUCUAGGGUUUUUGUACUGUCUAGGGUUUUUGUACUGUCUAGGGUUUUUGUCCUGUCUAGGGUUUUUGUCCUGUCUAGGGUUUCUAGGGUUUUUGUCCUGUCUAGGGUUUUUGUCCUGUCUAGGGUUUUUGUCCUGUCUAGGGUUUUUGUCCUGUCUAGGGUUUUUGUCCUGUCUAGGGUUUUUGUCCUGUCUAGGGUUGUUGUCCUGUCUGGGGUUCAAAACAGUUUUUGUCCUGUCUAGGGUUUUUGUCCUGUCUAGGGUUUUUGUCCCGUCUAGGGUUUUUGUCCCAUCUAGGGUUUUUGUCCCGUCUAGGGUUUUUGUCCUGUCUUGGGUUUUUGUCCUGUCUUGGGUUUUUGUCCUGUCUAGGGUUUUUGUCCUGUCUAGGGUUUUUGUAUGUUUAUUGGGUUGUUUACUAGUCUAGGUGUUUUGUAUGUCUAUGGUUGCCUAGAUUGAUUCUCAAUUAGAGGCAUGUGUUUAUCGUUGUCUCUGAUUGGGAACCAUAUUUAGGAAGCCAUAUUCCUUGGGUAAUCUGUGGGUGAUUGUCUAUGUGAUGUUGCAUGUUUGCCCUCAGUGUUGUUAGUGGUCAUGUUGUUGGUUUGUUUAGUGUACUUUGUGUUCAUUCAUCUUACAUAAAAAUAUAUCUUCACAUCACGCUGUGCUUUGGUCUCCUCACUACGACGAUGGUGACAACAGACCAGACUCCAUAUGGUUUCUAACCCCAGACUCUGAAGUGAUUGUACAGACAAGUGGAAUAUAAAUGAGGUCAUUGAGACAGAGACUAAAAGUCAACAUUGUCACUACUUUUGCUGUUCUGUUAUUAUUUGUAGUGGGUGAGAUAUUUGUCUAUUAUAUUGUUGACCAGGAUUAGCAUGGGUCAAGACACUGGAAUUCCUGAAACCAUAAAUAAUAUAUAAUAAUUGUUUGUGAAGUUUCUUCUGAUGAAAGUUAUAAAUGUUCAUUUCAAGGCA